CACCUUUCGUAGUCUCAACGGGCAUGGACUGGGAAGUGAGGAUGUGAUAAUUCAAAAGCCUCAUGAGAGCCGCUAUGAGAAGUGCUAUACGGCUCCAGCCCCUGCACCUUCUGCUUCCCACGUAUUGCCUCGAGGAAUCGUCAAAGUUCAUUUCUCUUUCUCUAUUUAAUUCCUGCAGUCCUGCUAAACCCCUCCUCAGAGCCAAAACCCUUGGGUUUCUGAGCUACGCAUCAAUGGCCACGAGCUCGCCGUUGCGCCAUCAAGUAAGGGACAGGAUUGAACUGUCCGAUACGGAGAAGAAGAUCUUCGAUAGGCUUCUGUGUACCCUUCGACGGUUCGGUUUUCAGACUCAGCUUCGAGUUGCUGGUGGAUGGGUUCGGGACAAGCUUCUGGGAAAAGAUUGCUAUGAUAUUGAUAUCGCUCUCGACAAUAUGAUGGGCACUGAAUUUGUAGAUAAGGUCAGGGAGUACUUGUUGUCAGUGGGUGAAGAUGCGCAAGGAGUAUGUGUUAUUGAGAGUAACCCGGAGCAAUCCAAACACUUGGAAACAGCAAGGAUGCGCCUGUUCGAUAUUUGGAUUGAUUUUGUGAACUUGAGGAGUGAGGAGUAUGCUGAAAACAGCCGCAUUCCUACCAAGCAAAGAUUUGGCACUGCUGAAGAAGAUGCGUAUAGGAGGGACUUGACUAUAAACAGCUUAUUCUACAAUAUUAACACUGACUCAGUUGAAGAUUUUACUAAAAGAGGGAUCUCUGACCUGAGAUCUGGAAAGAUAGUGACUCCUUUGCCUCCAAAGGAAACCUUUCUGGAUGAUCCUUUAAGAGUUCUUCGAACCAUUCGUUUUGGUGCUAGAUUUGAUUUUACUCUUGACGAAGACCUGAAGAGAGCUGCAGCAUGUGAUGAAGUGAAAGGAGCACUGGCUGCUAAAAUAAGCAGAGAGCGAAUUGGAACAGAAAUUGAUCUAAUGAUUUCUGGAAACCAACCUGUCAAAGCAAUGACUUACAUAUGUGAUCUGACAUUAUUUUGGGUUGUCUUCAGUUUUCCUCCUGAGUUUGAGCCUCCCAUUGCUGAUGGAUGUGACAGGCAUUGCAUUACUUACAUGGAUGCUGCAUGGAAUCUGAUCCAUUUAGUUGGAGAAUCAACCUUUACUGAUGAACAGAGGAGAUUAACCCUGUAUGCUGCUUUAUUUCUCCCCCUGAGAAGUACCAGUUACAAAGAUAAGAAAGCUAAGGAGAUUCCUGUUGUCAAUCAUAUCAUCCGGGAGUCUCUCAAGAGAAAAGCUAAAGAUGCAGAGAAGGUGCUUGAUUUACACCAAGCAUCAUAUAAAUUACUGUCAUUAAUCCCUCAUCUUGCAUUGAAUGAGGAUGUCAAUCUAGAUGUUGAUUGGAUGAGGGAUUUGGCUGAUGUGCCUGUAUCUUCUAGGCUCCGUGUACUGACAGGGUUUCUUUUAAGAGAACUUAAAGAAUAUUGGCGAGUUGCACUCUUUAUAUCCACAUUAAUACAUCCCGUUGACGUUGAUGACGCCAAGGAUGAGCACUUGCAGCUGUGCAAACGAAGAGAUCUAUUCAAGACUCUAGAGAAUUCCAUAACCAAACUCGGUCUGGAAAAUAUUUGGGGCAUUAAACCAUUGGUCAACGGAAAGGAAGUUAUGAGUGCCUUGCAGCUUAAAGGAGGACCACUUGUUAAGGAGUGGCUUGACAAGGCAAUGGCUUGGCAACUAGCACAUCCUUCUGGAACUGCAGAGGAAUGCAUUGAUUGGUUGAAGCAAAGCAAUUCUAAGCGUGUGAAGAGGGAGUGAAUUUCAUUUAGGUCCUUGAUCAUCUUCCUCUGCAGUCUGUUGAUUCAAUUGCUGAGACUGAGAUAACACGCUAAAGGAACCAAAGUCCAAAGCCAAGAUAUUUGCCUGGUGCAGAUACAAUUGACACACACACACACACACUAUAUGGUAUUAAGUAGGGCAAGAGCGAGAUCAACUUCAUGUUGAUGGGGCCUUAAAAAUGUACCACAUCGAACUUGUUAUUGUCAUUUGUCAAUACAGAAUAAGAAGAUUUAUUUAUUUAUUUAUUUUAUUCUGUAACAGGGGUUACUAUGUAGAUUGUAAUGUGAGGCAAGAAUAAUCGAAUAGGACUCUAGGGUUUUGUUAGCUUGUUAGGCUUAGAAUUGGUUUCAGAGAUGAUGUUUCAUGAUAAACUAGGUGUUUUGCAUUCUCACCUUGAAAAUCAUUGACAAAAUUUAUCAUUUAAUUCUUA